CAUCACCAUGGGGGUUCGCGGCUUCCACGGUAUACUUUGGUAUAGUUUGCUUGAUUCGCGUUCACGGUCGCGUCAGGCUUUCAUGUCCUGGUCCCCGAGCGACCUUCCAUCGCUAUCCAAUGCAUCAGGUAACGCUAGCUCUUAUCGCCACCAUUAUUCUGGUUAUAAUAGAAGGGCUGUGAUUUGAUUGAAUGUGGUACUGAGCUAAGGGAGGCCCCGUACAAGUUUUGUCUACGAAGAAUGGGGCUACGAAACCGGCCGGCAAUCGUCUACGUCGUGCGUCUACGUGCAGGCGCAAGCUUCAAGUUACAUCGCCGAUAGCGUUUUACAGGUUUCUAUAUAAAAUUAUACAUUAAUGACCACCUUUAAACAUAACACGGCUGCGCUUCACGCACACACCUUGCAACUGACAUUGGUAGCACACGACUAGACCAGCAACGCAGUCUGCAACACAUUUGACUCCUUGUGUACACGUGAGACUGCAAUUAUGAUGUUAUGGAGACUUGCCAAGGCGGUGGCGCUGGUGUGCCUGGUGUGCCUACUGACAGAGUCCGCCUACGGCACUACUGUGGGCAACACCGGCGGCGGCCUCAGCACGGUCCAGGUGGCGGUGCUGUCAGUGGGCUGCACCCUGCUGGCCGUGAUCGCUCUGGUGGGAGGCAUCUACCUCUGCCACACCUACUGCAGCAGGCACAAGGAGAGCUACCUGUCGCAGUCGGUGCAGGCCGCACAGGACGCCGGCUUCUGGCCCCGCACCGCACGCAUCGCACAGGAGCCCUCUGGAUCCGGAGCCGAGCUCACAGCAGCAGCCGGUAGCGCCCGGCGAGGAGGCCGAGGAGCGGCCGGCCGCGCCGCCACCGCCGCCGGCGGCAACGCUGCUGCUGCUGGCGACGGUGCAGGUGGCGCCACUGUUGAUGCUGACGGCAACGGUGAGGCCCGCGGUCCGGUGUGGAUGACAGCGCAUGUGGGCGGCGGUGCUGGCGACAGCAGUCCUUCGCAGGCUGGCGGCGCCGGCGGCGACGUGGAGGCGGUCGUUGGCGUGCCCAUGACGGCGUUUGGGGGCGCUGGCGGCACAGCCGCGACGGCGGUUGUGAUAGGCGUUCCGGUGGCUGUCCCGGCCGGGCCCGGCAUGCUGUCCACUGGCGGCAGUGGUGACGACGAAGAAGCCCGUGUCACGAGUGCGUACCAGCAACAAGCCGCAGUCACCCUGGUCAUUCCCGUCGCGGCGGCGGCAGCGCCUAUGUCACCAGCGGCGGUGGCGGCGGCAGCGCGGCCGGCGGCCUCGUUGUCGCCGGCGGCGCUGCAACGCCGUGGCUCGGUGGAGACGUCGGGCGUCGCCGCGAGCGCCAUCUCUGCCAUUUCCACCACCUCUGAAUCCUCCUCCUCAGUGGCUUCUUCGCCACGCCGAUCUGCACCGCCGCCGCCGCCACAAUCUCCGCCGUCGGCUCAAACGGCGGUUCGGCCGCUACCGCCCUCAUUCUACAGCCCGACGCGGCCGCUCGCGCUCGCCGCCUCCGCGGCUGCAGCGGCAGGGCCGCAGCGCCGCGGCUGCCUCUCGGCCGUGCCGCCGCUGCAACUGGGGUCCCAUGCACACGCCCCAGCAGCUACCGCUGCAGCUGCAGCUGCUGCCGCGGAGUUGCCGGGAAUGCGGGGUGCUGACUCGGCGAGCUCGGAGCCGUGGGCGCUGUUGAUGCCGCUGUCUACGGAAGGUCCUGUUGUCAGGAGGGCGUCGCCGGGUGCGGCGAGGGCCACACAUGCGGCAGCGGCACUGGCGGCGGCGGCGGCGGCGGCGGCGCGGUACCCGAUCUGCAUUCCCGAGGAAGGCUCGAGCCGCAGGAGCAGCAGGAGCAGCAGCAUCAGUGGGGGAGAGCAUGAGGAGGAGCAGAUGGAGGGGUAUGGGGAGGCGCGUGGCUUUGAUGGUCACCGGAGCGUUGGUGGCAGCACAGUGGUGAUUGGCACGUCCGCGGGAACGCCCUCGCUUAACAGCACGGCUGCAGCUAGCAUCUCUCGUCUCUAGAACUGACUCAAGUAUGACAUUCUGAAAGAGUGAACAUUGGAUGACGUUGGGAAUACCGGUUCUGAGUCACGGACGGGUUCAUGCUGACAGCCUGAGAGAGGGAAGACUGCAUGCCGCGUGUGCACCUUCCGUGCAUGUGCCUGGAGCGGGCGUUGUGACGCGUGCCGGCGCUGGAAGGUUCUCCGCAAGGAGACGCGCCUGGCACGGUGCAUAUAGUAGGUCCGCGUGUUUAAGGCACGGCAAUGUAGCACUCAUAGAUACCGUAUCAUGUGCAGCGCGCGGGUGAAAAGCCCCCAGUCAUCGUCGUUCUUGUGUCAUGGUCCCAGUAGGUCAGAAGGCCCUGCAAUAAGCUGACCAGUGGGCUAGGGCGGGCUAAAAGACUGCGUGCAACUGCGUGAAGCAUGCGUGUCAAUGAUGAAGGCAUCCCCAGCAAAAUGUGACGCUUGGACCUUCCUGCCAAGGGCAGCCUUUGCCCCUGCGCGCAUUGACGGACAGUCACACGAGCCGUGACCCUGUACGGCUUCUGCUAGUCUGCUCCCGCCACCUGGGGUCCGGGGCACGGGUCUUGGACCAGUGCAGUCAGAGCUGAUGAUUGAUGACGCCUCUUAGCGCUCCUUCAGGAUCUAACCGGCACUAGUCAUACGGGAAUGCACCCGGGGACUCACAGGUCAGUAUUCAAACAGUGCCCACAUACUUUCUGCCUGUCGCCCACAAAAUUCUGUGCCUGUGCCGUGUACGCUGUCGCAGGCGUGCGGUUUUGCAGCACCUAGGACCCGGAGAUUGAGGAGCGCGCAACAGCGUUCCAGCUCGCCACUAGCUCAGUUUGCCCCAGCCUCAGGUGCUCAGUUCAUGAUGAGCACUCUGGGUCACGUUGACGCCGGUGACACUGCGGGGCCGGGCAGCCUCCGGCGCGGGGCGACACCUUUCCAUGAUCGUCGAUGCCUGGACUGCGUGCAACUUGUUUCUCGGGACUCAACUGUAUCCGCCACUUGCUUCC